GGAAUUUUCCACUGUUUUGAGUAUGAAUAGCAGAGGUAUGUUGCAACCACAUACGAUGAUGACACAAUACAUUUAGAAAAAGUAAAUGUGGGGUCAAUAUGUCAUCCCAGUGCAUUAGAUAUAUUGGAAUGUUUCCCUAAAGGUUUUGUUGCAAAUUAAACGUGCGAUUUCAGACAAAUCUAUAUGUGCACGUCACCUUCAAACAAUCAGAUUAGUUUUCUCUAAUCAGUCCAUGUAGGGGGAGUGUCUGGUACUUUCCAUGACUUGCAGCAGCGCAGACUUUUAAACCUCUACCUGGCCGCUUAUGCUGUAGCACUCGUCACUUUGACUGCCUUUUAUAUGUUGAGAAAUGCUUAAAUCAAUAAAAUUCCACGGACAUUAUUUGAUUAAUCAGCGACAGUUUUGUAAUAUUCCUCAUCUUCUUUCCUUUUAAUUAAUUAUUUGUUGUAUAGACAAAAAUCCUCUCUUUCAGUAUCCGAAAACAAGGGAGCAUCCAUAAAAGGUGGGUGUGUCCCCCAGAGAGGAGCGGUUCGAUAUAUAUAUUUAUUUUUUUGUGAACACAAAGAACAAAAAGCCAAUCGCGUCACGAGUGAGCCACACGUGUGGGGCGUGGCCUAGCCUCGGUCUAGUAAAGUAUAAGGAGAAGAGGGGGCUUGGCAUCCCCACUAACAUCAUUCAAAUCGCCGUUAUAAGACACUGCAUUCUUUUUUUUGUGUUUUUAAUUUUCUCAAAGAAGGACGUUUCUUUUGUCUUCCUUCCACAGGAGAGGUGCACUGGGUGCUGGAAGGAGCGCUCCUUUCUUCCUCAUCAUUCUUCCACGGGGGCGUGUUUGCUUGUCUCCUUUAGCAUCCCAACAGCUAGCUUAAAAGGAACAAAAACUCUAGACUUUUCUAGACCAGAAGCCCACAACAUCCUAUAAAAGUAGAACACCGUGAGUGCCAGUGGAUAAGCCCAUCUGACGCACUGCUAGUGAAUUAGACCUGGCGGUGGAUACCACAGCUUCCAUCCAGACAGCAAACCAAAGCAGAGCAUUUCUAGUUUUUUUGUUUUGUUUCAUAAGAUUACUGAAUUUUCACUGAUUACUCUAAGAAGUCCCUUUUUUACUUUUGAAAAUGAGUCGAAUGGAGACGGCCGAUAUUGCUGUCGUAGUGCUGUACUUUGUCCUGGUGUUCGUCAUCGGCUUCUUCGCCAUGUGGAAAGCCAACCGUAGCACCGUCACCGGCUACUUCCUGGCCGGACGCUCAAUGUCAUGGAUAGUGAUUGGUGCGUCGCUCUUUGUGAGUAAUAUCGGCAGCGAACACUUCAUCGGGCUGGCUGGAUCAGGAGCAGCAAGUGGAUUUGCAGUGGGAGCGUGGGAGUUUAAUGCCCUCCUGCUUCUUCAGCUGCUCGGCUGGGUCUUCGUCCCCGUGUACAUCCAUUCGGGAGUCUUCACUAUGCCCGAGUACCUGUCCAAGCGCUAUGGCGGAAACCGACUCAAAGUCUAUUAUGCUUUCUUGUCCUUGCUCCUCUACAUUUUCACCAAGCUGUCUGUGGACUUGUAUGCCGGCGCACUCUUCAUCCAGGAGUCCCUUGGGUGGAACCUUUACGUGGCCAUUGUCCUGCUAAUUAGUAUGACCGCCCUGCUCACUGUCACUGGUGGACUGGUGGCUGUUUUGUACACAGAUGCCCUCCAGGCAGUUUUGAUGAUCGGUGGAGCCUUAACAUUAACUAUCAUCAGCCUUGUUAAAGUGGGCGGGCUAGAAGGUGUCAAAACUAAGUACAUGGAGGCCAUCCCCAAUGUUACUGCCAUCAUGGCCGCAGGGAACUACACCUAUUCUCCCUCCUGUCACAUUCAUCCCAAACCAGACUCCCUUCGCCUUCUUCGCGGCCCUUUAGAUGAAGACAACCCCUGGCCAGGCUUCAUCUUAGGCCAAACCCCUGCCUCCAUUUGGUACUGGUGUGCUGACCAGGUCAUUGUUCAGAGAGUGCUCGCAGCAAAGAACAUUGUCCAUGCAAAGUGCUCGACACUCAUGGCAGGGCUCCUCAAGAUCCUUCCCAUGUUUGUUAUUGUCAUCCCGGGCAUGAUAUCUCGCAUCUUGUUUGCAGAUGAGCUAGCUUGCAUCGGGCCAGAGCACUGCAUGGCUGUAUGCGGCUCUCAGGCAGGCUGCUCCAACAUUGCGUAUCCUCGUCUGGUCAUGGCCGUGAUGCCCGUUGGACUCAGGGGUCUGAUGAUGGCAGUCAUGAUUGCUGCCCUGAUGAGUGAUUUGGACUCCAUCUUCAACAGUGCAAGCACCAUCUUCACUCUGGACAUUUACCAGACGGUCCGGAAGAAGGCGUCCCAACGCGAGCUGCUCCUUGUGGGCCGCGUGUUUGUGGUGGGCAUGGUGGUCAUCAGCAUCGCUUGGGUUCCUGUCGUCAUUGACAUGCAAGGUGGUCAGACAUAUCUCUACAUCCAGGAGGUUGCUGGCUACCUCACGCCACCAAUCGCUGCCCUGUUCCUGCUUGGUAUUUUCUGGAAGCGCUGUAACGAGAAAGGUGCUUUCUGUGGAGGCAUGAUCGGGUUCACUCUAGGUACCAUACGACUCAUCUUGGCUUUUAUAUACCGGCAGCCUCCCUGCGACCAGCCAGAUACCAGACCUUCAUUCAUCAUUAACGUCCACUACAUGUAUGUUGCGGCCGGUCUCUUCUGGAUCUCAGGACUGGUGGCUGUGGUGGUCAGCCUUCUCACGUCUCCGCUGGAUGAAGAGCAGGUCCACACCACAACAGUGUGGGGGCUGCGCCACAUAAAAAAAGUGCCCUGUAAGGAUAAAGAGCAAAUGUACAGGCUUACAGAGAAGAGCCAUUGCAAUGGCGACGGAAGCCUACACAAAGAAUUACCCCCAGACGUUAAAAAGGAGCGAUGUCUGGACGGAGCCGAUAUCAAACUCCUGGUCCCGUCUACGGACCACGAUCCUGCAACCCCAAGCAACAGUGCGUCCCCUGCCACCACCCCGGCGGACAGAUUCGGCAACAGGCAGCUAGAGAUGCCCCGAGAUGAAGAACAACAUGGCGACGGCAGCAGCGAGACCAGCCGGUGCAUUCGUGCACUGGACUGGUUUUGCGGCUACAAGGCACCAUCGCAGAACGCUCAGCACAAAAUGUCCCAGGAGGACGUUGUGGUCGUUGCAGAGAUUCUGUACGAGUCCCCGCGAGUCAAAGUCCUCCUCAACUUGGGCCUAUUGUUUGUCUGCUCUGUGGGUAUCUUCAUGUUUGUCUUUUUCUCGCUUUAGUUUACACUUUGAAUCAAAUAACUGGUGGGGAGGGGGCUUUUAAAGAAGGAAGGUGGACAUGGAGCGAGGGGGGUUAUGCUGUUACAAACAGAUACGUUUAUAUAGCUUUGAGAAGCUCUGUCUGUAAUAUUUACAGUUGUCUUAUUUAGCUCUUUAACAGAGAUCUAAGCUUAUUCUAGUCAUUUUUUCUGGAAUGAUGAAAGCUUCCCCACCAACAAAAAUGUACUCCUUUUGAAGACUUUACCUAGCGCUUGCCUGUACGUUUUGUACAGCGCUUGUUGUUAAUCCUGCGCUCUGAAUAUCUACUGGGAUUUCUAGAAGUGAAUUUUAAUAUUUGCCUUACUUGACAUAUGCACCUGUGUUUUUAUUCAUUGUUGUAUUGUGUGAAAAAUGUCCUGUGAUUUAUUUGUUCUUUCUCGGUUGACCGUGAUUGCAAGCUUCGUUGCUGCUGUAUCAUUCAUGUGUUUGUAGUAAGAGUAUUGUCGGGGUGUCACGGUACAUGAAUUUGUAAUCAAAUUUUCCAAUAUGGUACAGAGGUUUACCCAGAACACAGACAAUUUUCAGUAGGGGUAGAAUUAAAUCAGCUUUGCUUCUUCCCCCUUGUCAUACAUGUUGAAUUGUGCAAUUAAUUAAACGUGCUGUACUUGAGUUUGUCUAGCAUUUGCUUAAUAAAUGAAACCAUUCCCUUUAAAGUUGUCUCGACAACAACUAAGCAGUUAUGUUAUUUUCUUAACUCUACCAAAAAUGAUCCAAACCGAUUUAUGUACCGAACUGUGACAGCGUCCCGUUACACCCAUUAAAGCUAUUUACACACAAACGAAGCAGUUAUUCAAUUUUCGUAACCGUACCGAAAACGAUCCAAACCAAUUUAUGUACCGAACUGUGACAGCGUCCUGUUACACUCUGAAUUGUUAAUCCAUCAAAGUUCUCAAGCUUGUGCUGCUGAGCUCUUAUAUUAGUAGAAGUGCGUCCUUUGGUGUUAUUUCACUAACAAAUCCAGACCAAACCUCUUCUGUUUGGGAGACCAUUAUGUUUUUAGUCAUUACGUAGUGUGAUCCCUUUACCCUUUUCAUGUCAUUUUUUUUGGACAUUUUUCCCUUUUUAAAAAUGGAAAGAAGCACAAAACUAGAAUUUGAUGAAUUAAGCUUAUAUCACAUGGUACUUUAACCAUUUUACUGUUUGUGUUUAAGGUUGUAUUAUUUUUUAUUGCCUUUGUGUUACAUUUGAAAACCAACAAAAAGCUUUUUUUAUGCACUACUAUAGCAUCUUACAUCAACAAAUUUAUCAAUACUCAUGAUUUUGUAUCCAUCUAUAAUUUAGAAAUAUAUUAUGAAUUUGUUGCGGUUGGGAUUUUUAUUUAUGAUUGCUACUUAAUUCCUGGCUCCUAUCAUAGCAAGUGUAUCUAUUGUGUCCACAUGUACUUUGAACACACUGCGGCGCUCCAGUAUCAUUCAAAGUACAUCUUUUAUACCACCUUUCACCAAAUGUGUCUUAGUGUGGCUUGCUAGACUAAAAAAAAUCUAUGUAUGUUACACUCAAGACUUGUGCUGUGACAUUUCAUUGAAAGCCAUUCGAUUAAAUUCAGCUUUUUCAGGUUAUGGAUUUUAAUUUCCUUGCCUAUUAUUGAUCAUGAACGCACUAACAAUCUGUAUCGGACCAGGUUCAGAUCAUUGUUUCCACACGCUAACAAAAAACUAAAGUAAAGACUCAUGUCAUUUUAUAACAGUGUUAAACUAUUUUUUCCCAUCAGUUAAUGUGUGUGUGUGUGUGUGUGUGUGUGUUUAUGACGGGAGGAUUGAUUUUUAAGGGCGAUUGAUAUUUUCUUUGGGAAAGAGCUUUAAAACUUGUCAAUAUUUUUUGAGAGAGAAUACAUUGUUAUUUUUAUGGAUUUUAUUUGAUGACAUUUUUAAAUAAAGAAUCGUGGAAACAAAA